CAAAUGGAAUUCAUGACAGAUCAUGCCCAGUCCACAGCUUCCAUGAUAAGUCUAGUGGAGAUGGAAAGUGUGUUCAUUAAACAGCUAGACAGAUACUCGGACGACUUGGAGUGGAAAAUCAACACCAUGGAGAGCUUUCUUGCCGAAGUGCAGCUGAAAAGGGUGCCUUGGAAGCAUACUCCGGAGGAGUAUGUUGCUCAUCCGUUGACCAGUUUCUCGCUCAUACGACGCCUACAUGAGGAUUGGAGCCAUAUGGAGAUAUUUAUGUCACAUCGUGUGGGCUUGGAUAGUCUCAACAAAAUUCAGAGUAUACUAGAUAUGGCCAAGCCCACGGAACAGGACCUUCAAGAUGCCCUCAGCGGCAUAGACGUUAUCCAGAGUCACUAUGAUCUAGAGCCAACGGAUAUAGCCAAUGGAGUGCUGAAUGGACGGCAAUACAACACUACCAUGACGACACUCGAGUGCCUGGCUAUGGUUAAAUUUCACGAAAGUAACCAACAGAUGCAUUCGGCAAUUGGAUGGUAUGAGGCAGCGCUACAGCGCUACGAUGGGGCCAGAGAUGGUCAUCUCUACAGAGAAGUUUUAAAUUUUAAACUAUCCGAUUUUUAUGGUAGUUAUGCUCGUGCCUUGGCCGCAAGAGGCUUGUGGAAGCCCGCAUUAGCCCUACUGGAGAAUGUAUCCGACUUGCAUGCUGAUCUCUGGCUACUGCAGCGUCAGUUGAGGAAUCUAAUGGACCUGCAUGAGCGCCACGAAACAUAUGUGAAAAAAGAUCCAAACACCGAAAUGAUCGCUUGUCUUGGUUUAUAUACACCCAUCAGAAAUCGUAGCUGUCACUACGAGUCUACUAGAACAGCAUUCGUUCGGCUUGCCCCGCUCAAGGUGGAGAUGCUUAGCCUCGAUCCCUAUAUAGCCAUCUACCACGAUGUCAUUUACGAGAGAGAGAUCGCUCGUGUCAUGACGCUAGCACUAUCUUCACUCAAGGGUCCUGGCCGCUAUAGUAAGCGGCGGGAGCACAAUAUAAAGUCUGUGACGGUGUACGAGGAGGAGAACAGCCAACUGAACCAACGUACUAGGGAUAUGACUGGGGAACAAGUGAAAGAAGACAAGGACUUUCGUAUCUACAAUUCUGGAAUAGGUGGCUAUAUACGAUACCAUAUGGAUAACUUGGCGAAAGAAGAGCAACAGCCUGGCUUUGGGGAUUACCAGACAACAAUUAUGUUUUUUUUAAAUGAAGUGCCACACGGCGGCGCCAUUUCAUUUCCACAACUGGAAUUUACUGUCUGGCCUCGAAAGGGCAGUGCUCUGGUGUGGCACAAUCUGAAUAAUAAUUUGGAGCUCGACUAUCGUGUUGCACACAUCUCAUGCCCUGUCAUAGUGGGCUCCAAGUGGACCCUAGUAAAGUGGCUGCAUGAGGAGCACCAAAGGUUUACAUAGACCCUGGCAAAAGCACGUGAC